CGGAAGGCCAGGACUGUGUUCAGCGACCAGCAGCUGACGGGUCUGGAGAAGAGGUUCGAGUCCCAGCGUUACCUGUCGACGCCUGAGAGGAUGGAGCUGGCGUCCCAGCUGAAUUUGUCGGAGACUCAGGUGAGGCGGCGCUGAUUGGUGGUAUGUUGAUUGAUGGUAUGUUGAUUGGUGGUAUGUUGAUUGGUGGUAUGUUGAUUGGUGGUAUGUUUCUUGAGUUCGUGAAGAUGGCAAUCUGUGCAAACAUUUCAAACCAAUGGCGUGGUUUUGACUUGAAAUUAUUUACCGAGAAUGAACUUGAAGAAAGAACAAAGUAAUGAUAUUUAAAUUUAAGAUCUAGCCUGAAGUCAUCAUAUAAAUGUGUGCAAUCAUUUCAAUCUGUAUGUGAUAAUUUCACUACAAUUAUAGUGUCCUCUCAAAAUGUACUUUAAUCAACAAAGAAUUUCAUUAUUUAGUGACAACCGACUCGUUAUUUCAUACAUCCUUCUGGGCAGCCUGGCAGGGUUGCCAACUCACCCUUCUGGGACUGCCUGGCAGGGUUGCCAACUCAACCUUCUGGGGCUGCCUGGAAGGGUUGCCAACUCAUCCUUCUGGGGCAGCCUGGCAGGGUUGCCUACUCAUCUUUCUGGGGCUGCCUGGCAGGGUUGCCAACUCAUCCUUCUGGGACUGCCUGGCAGGGUUGCCAACUCAUCCUUCUGGGACUGCCUGGCAAGGUUGCCUACUCAUCUUUCUGGGGCUGCCUGGCAGGGUUGCCAACUCAUCCUUCUGGGACUGCCUGGCAGGGUUGCCAACUCAUCCUUCUGGGACUGCCUGGCAAGGUUACCUACUCAUCCUUCUGGGACUGCCUGGCAGGGAUGCCUACUCAAUAAAAAUAAAUUUACCGACAAGUAUUAUAAAUCUUACAACUUUUACGACUAACAUAUUUGUCUAGGCAGACAUUUUUAUAUAAAAUUUGUUAAUUCUAUGGAGCUUAAAAAAAUCUGGCGUGGAUGCCCAGACUUGCAGUGGGUGCAUGGCCCUGUCCAUUGUAUAGACAUUGCCAUCAAAUCGUUCCCUAGACCUGCCAAGUAUAUAUAUCCUAUUUAUCAUAUAUACAUCGUGAAGAUGAUCAUUUUUUUCAAAGGUGCAAUCUAUUGAUGACGUCACGCUAUUUUGGCCGAUUUAACAACACCCCCCCCCCAAAAACAAAACACAAAAAAAAACCCCCACCUAUUUUUUAAUAUUAUUUUAAGGUUCUCUUCUUAUCAUCACGCAUUUGUCACGCAAUUUAGACACUUAGACACUUGUAUAAUUAAUAGUUUCAAAUUCGUGAUACUUUAUUUUGUUCAUCUUUAUAUUUCCACCUCCAAUUUUUUUUUUUGCAUACCAUCUUGUCACGUGACCCACAUAAUUUUCUUUCGUGCUUCACAACAGGUGAAGACGUGGUUCCAGAACAGGCGCAUGAAGCAAAAGAAGAUCCAGCGCAAAUCCCACGACGAG